AUGGCUUCCGCUCCCGGUGAUUUAGAGAAAGCUGAAGCAAGCAGAACAGAUUAUCCAAAUUCAAACCAGACAACGGAAAAUUCUGCCACGAGAGAUGUAGAUGUGAAAAAAUCAGAAAAUGCAGCUCGGUUGACUAAAAUAUUUAUAACAUCAUGUGUGCUUGGCGUUUUCCUAGAUCCUUUGUUCCUCUACAUUCCUCUACUCAACCACGAUUUGAAGUGUCUGAGGUUGGAUAACACCAUAAAGAUUAUCGCUCUCGUCUCGAGAUUGUUCACUGAUCUAUUUUAUGUAGGCAGAAUUAUUUUGCAAGUUUGUAGAUUUGAAAAUUGUUCGCCUUUCAUCAAUCGAAUUCUUCCCGAAAGUUGCUCCUCCAAGUUAAUAACAUCACUCAUCAAAUGCUUUCGUGAGUUAUUACCUGAAGUAACUGAAGUUCAUGAGAAGGAAUAUCUGAUACCAAGUAUAACAAAGGAGAUACGGGAGUCGUCCAUCAUAGUUGACAUUUUAGCUAUUCUUCCUCUUCCACAGGUGGCAAUUCUCAUUUUCUUUCCAAAGAUGAGGGUCUCAGGAUCUUUCGGGAAGCGUAUUAUGAACUUUCUUGUUAUGGUGCAAUAUGUACCACGAGUUCUUCGCAUCUACCUAUCAUGCAAGAAAGCUAGAAAACCUUUCAAAGGACAUAUCCCAUUAUGGCUUAAAGGUUUACUCAAUCUUUUCCUCUACAUUCUCGCUAGUAAUACCUAUGUGCUUAUAGAUACUCAAAGUUUAGAGUCGCACAGACGCGAGAAUAAACUUAAACGGAAGAUGAAAGAAAAUGACCGAAAAGUAGAACAAUGGUUAUCUGGUCAUGGCAUCCCCCUUAGUAGAAAGCAGAAGAUCAUGGAAGAGAUACACAGAGAGCUUGUAGAACACUCGGAAUUUGAUGUGGUUAGGGAAAUCCUCUCUAUUCUUCCCCACGAAGAAAUCAAAAGUUGCAGCCCGUUGAGUAGGUUGAGGAAGGUGCCACUACUUAAAGACAUGGACGAAGGAGUUUUGGUAGAAAUCUCUGAGAAGCUUCAUCCCGAGAAGUAUACUCCUGGACAAAUCAUUAUAAAAAAGGAUGAAACACUUCAAAUGAUGCUUUUCAUCGUGGACGGACAUGUAAACAUUGAAAAGACAGAUGCUUCUCUGCUGGAAGAUCUAGGCGCAGGAGAUUUUUAUGGGCAGGAACUUCUAGUUUCGCCAUUGUGGACCUCCUCUAGUGAUGCAAAGCCCAUAAACGAGUCUGUUCGGGCCAUUGAUGAUGUUCAAGCCCUUGUUCUCUCUGCCACAGACAUGGCGACCUUGGGCUUCAGUUCCAGGCGGUCUAUCAACGAGUUGCGCAUGGUGGUAAAUAUUCUUCAGAAAGUGCCAAAACUUGAAACUAUGGAUAAACAAGUAUUGAAAGCAAUGUCUCAUCAGCUUUCUUCGGUUAGCUAUAAACGCGAGGACUGUAUUGUUCGAGAGAACCAACCAGUUGGUAUGAUGUUCUUCGUUACGAGGGGAGAGGUAACAAAAAAUGAGAACCCUCCCGAAGCAAAUUUUAUUGGAGAAGAACUUCUUGAUUGGGUACGGGAUGAGUCUUUUCCUACCAUAUUACCCUUGUCGACCUGCACUGUUAAAGUAGUCUCAGAUGAUGCUGAAGUCCUCAUACUGAAGGCCAAGAGCUUGAAGAGUGUAGUCUCUAGGUUCAUGUUGCCUUUCAGCAAUUUUGCCUCUCCCUCAGAUGUCCGGUUGACUUGGCUAAAAAAAGUGGAAAUCUUUCAACAAAUGGAGGAACAAGUGUUGGAAGCAAUAUCCAAGUGCCUUAAGCCCAUGAACUUCAAUGUUGCCAAGCGCCAUAUUCUUCAAGAGAAAAAACCACUUAAAAUGAUGUUCUUCGUCAUGCGAGGAGUUGUAUCAAUUGAAAGCGAUAGUGCUAUGGACGUGAACGUUAAAAAAACCUGUGAAAUAGGAAGUUUCUACGGAGAAGAACUUGUACAAUGGGUUACAACUUGGGUAUCACACAAGCCCUUUCCUGCCAAACUACCUUUAUCACCUUGUUCUGCGCUAUGCGGCGUGCUUGGUGGUUCUGUCGAAAUCCUUGCUCUCAAAGCCGACGACUUGAAGAGUGUAGUCUCUGAUCAAUUCAGGUCGAAAUUCAGCACGGAAACCGCCCUCCCUACAGAAUUUGAUCAGCCUCGAGAACCGUUGACCAUCCUAAAGAAUGUGGAAAGCGUAAAGACUAUGGAUGAGGAAGUGUUGAAAGAAAUAUGCGACCAUCUUACCAAAAAAACGUAUAAAGAUGAGUACAUUAUUCGGAAGGAUAAACGAAUGGAAAUGAUGUUCUUCAUCGUCGGCGGAGUUGUGUCGGUGACAAACGAGAGCUCGAAACAUUACCGCAGAGAAGGAGAACGUCCAAAUCACAGUGGAGAUGAGCUUUUACAACAUUGGAUGCAAUCUAAAAGUACGAAAGCUAACGUUCCUGCCGAAUUUCCCCCCUCUCCUUUUAGUUUUUGGGCCAUCGGUGAAGUUGAAGUUCUGAUUCUUAAGGCCGAAGACUUGGCAAAGGUUCAGCUUCGUGAUCGAAUUGGUGUUGUGACAACUGAAGCAACUGUAGAGAAGAUGGAAGAGAAAGCUGAAGCAACUGUUGCAGACAACUGGAAAGAGAAAGCUGCAAGGCGGUGGAAUUUUCUUGGUGUCCCGCUCAGCAUUAGCUAUGAUCCAAAUUUAAAUGCAGCAAGGUUGAACAACAUAUUUAUAUUUUCCUGUGUGCUUGGCGUUUUACUGGAUCCUUUGUUCCUCUACAUUCCCAUGCUCAACCAAGAUAUCAAGUGUAUGAAGUUGGACAACACCUUAAUGAUUGCAGCUCUUGUCUCACGAUCGUUCACUGAUCUAUUCUAUAUAGGCAGAAUUAUUUUUCAAGUUCGCAGAAUUACUUUGCAAGUUUGCAGAUUUAAAACCUGCCCAGCUUUUAUGAAUCUAUUUCUUCCGGAAAGUUCCUCCUCCGAGUUAAAUCAAUUAAGGAAUGAAUACUUGCCAAAGUCAAGUAUAGCUAAGAAGAUAUGGCAGUCGUCUAUCAUAGUUGACAUUUUAGCUAUUCUUCCUCUUCCACAGGUAUGA